AUGGGUGCCUGUAUGAGUUCGAACAACGAGGAGGUGGAACAGAAAAAGAAGAGUCAGGCGAUCGAUAGACAGCUGGAGGAGGACUCCAAGAGGCUACGCCGAGAAUGCAAGAUUCUCUUGCUCGGCCCGGCCGCUCCCUUUGUCGACCAGCACGCUGAUAAGUACGCAGGCUCCGGAGAGAGCGGCAAAUCCACCAUCGUCAAGCAGAUGAAGAUCAUUCACUUGAAGGGCUACUCCGAAGACGAACUAUACAAUUAUCGACCGACCGUCUUUAAGAAUUUGGUGGAAUGCGCGAAAGCAGUGAUACAGGCGAUGCGGCAGUUCGAUAUCGAGCCCCAAAUCGAAGCAAACAAGGCAUAUGCCACUUUCCUUAUGGAAUACACAGCCGAGUCUGGUCCCCAGGCGCACAUCGAUCCCCAAAUCGGCGUUGCCAUCCAAUCUAUAUGGAGCGACCCUGCAAGGGAGCAGCUCAUGGACAGGCAGACCGAAUUCUACCUGAUGGAUUCAGCAGAAUACUUCUUUCAAGAGGUUAUGCGCAUCGUCGCUCCCGACUACCUCCCCAACGAGAUGGACGUUCUCAGGGCUAGAACCAAGACGACUGGUAUAUACGAGACAAGAUUUCAGAUGGGCCAGCUCAGCAUACACAUGUUUGACGUCGGCGGCCAAAGAAGCGAAAGGAAGAAGUGGAUUCACUGCUUCGAGAACGUCACGUCCAUUAUUUUCUGUGUCGCUUUGAGCGAGUACGACCAAGUUCUGCUCGAAGAGUCCAGUCAGUUGCAGAACCGAAUGAUGGAAAGUUUACUACUGUUUGAUUCCGUGGUAAACUCAAGAUGGUUCAUGCGUACCAGUAUUAUCUUGUUCCUGAACAAGGUGGAUAUUUUCAAGCAAAAGCUUGGACGUUCACCGUUGGGCAACUACUUCCCCGACUACUCUGGCGGCAACGACGUCAACAAGGCGGCCAAAUAUCUCCUCUGGAGGUUCAACCAGGUCAACCGAGCACACCUCAACCUGUAUCCCCAUCUGACUCAAGCAACCGACACGUCCAACAUCCGACUGGUGUUUGCGGCAGUCAAGGAGACGAUCCUCAACAACGCUCUUCGGGACUCGGGAAUCCUAUAA